CCGAGUCGCGCGCCCGUUCCGACUGCACGUGCCGCGCCCCGCGCUCCACACAGCCACACUCACGCCAGCAUCGCCCGCAACGAUAAGUAAGAAUCGGAACGUCAAGAUAAUUGAGACAGCAGAGGAGUGAAGAAAAUAAAAGACGAUGAGGACAGCGGUGUACCUAGUAGCGCUCUGCGUAGCAUUGAGCGCAGCCGCCCCCGCGCCUGAGCCGGCCCCUGCGGCAGACCCCGCGCCCAAUCCCGCACCUAACCCCGCGCCCUCCGCCGAUGAUAAGCCAGAAAUCAUUGAAAUCAUUGCCCCAGCUGCCAGCGCACAGGAGACUCUGGCGACGCUGAACCUGGGCGCGCCGGGCUCCGAGCUGAGCGAGCGCAACAAGCGCACUAUUGGCAUCCUGCGCCAGCUCUUCCCCACGCUCACACAGAUAAUCGAACAAAAGGUACAGCAGCUCACGAGCGUGGUGCUGCGGACGUUUGGGCCACUGUUCCUGCGCCUUUUCCUAGGAGGAAACCGCAACCAGGGCCGCAUGAACGGCGGCACCGUCGACCUCGAGGACGACGACGACGAUGACGAAGAUGACGUCACCACCACGACCAGCACCACGGAGUCGUCGCGGCGCAAGCGCGCGCUCUUCUUCCUGCCGAAUUCGGUCGCCGAAGACAACCUACUGUCCGGCGCGGAGUCGCAGCAAGCUGAGGUGCGCGUGGCCUUCGGGGAGGGCUCCGAACAACAGACCGCCGACGAUCAGCAGACCGCCGCGCAGACCAACGCCGCCUCCAUUGACGAGAUCACGCUGGAGGACGCCGACGACAACGAGGAAAACAGGAACAAGAGGUUCCUGAACUUCGGAGACUCGUCGGGCUCGUCCGGCGGCGGAUCCGGAAACUUCUUGUUUGAUAUUGUGCGACUGGUGGCGGGCUCCUCGUCGGGCUCGGCGGGCGGCGAGGCGGGCGAGGGCGCCGAGGCAGGCAAGGGCGACAACCUGACCGAGGGCGUGCCCGGCCCCAUCACUCGCCUCUUCAUCAUCGCCAACCGCGGCAUCGCCAACCUCAUCCAGGACCUGAUCCUCCGCAUCGCGCAGACGUCCGAGAGGAUAGUCAACUUCAAGGCGCGGCUCAUCACCUCCAUCAUCUAAUGCGCGAGCGCUUAGAUCAAUAGCGGAGGGUCCGCCGCGCCGCAGCGUCGGCCCCGCGCCCUCGCCGCGGCUCCGGCGGACUGCCCGACCCGCCCCGCGCCCCGGUCUCAAUUUGCUCGUCUCUCUUUCAAAUUGGGCUCGAGGCUCGAGGUCGGACAGCGGUCGCGGCCGCCAUCUAAGCGGCCGAACACUUUCGUCACUCGACUGGCCACGAUAGACUGUGUGUCCGUUUGCGUGACUCGAGCCCUCGCUCCGAGCACGAUGUGGCUCGCGGUGGCGGCGAGACGUCUUCGUGGCCCUCGGGUGGACAGUGGUCGGCGGCGGCGCGCCCGCGACCGCAACUCUCCUAGUUAGUGUUAUGUUGACGAUGUUAGCAGUUAGGAGGCGGCGGCGCCGCGCUCGCUCAAACUUUUUUAUUUGUGUCGUUUUUUAUUCGUCUUUACGUUUGUAAAUAUGUAUUAUAGCGGAAUUUGUGUAUAAUAAACGGAUAGUGCCUAGUUACAUCGUCUUUGCUUUUCAAUUCCUCAAUAUUUCAUUGACGUCUCGAACAUAUCAAAACGCGCCAUCUCUAUAUUAUAUCAUUUAUAUUAUGCAAAAAACUAUUUUCUUAAUUUAUUCAUUUGGAAAAAAAUUGUUGAAAUCAUAAUGUUGGCAAACAUCUUAAGUCCUAAUGUAAAGUUAGAUCUUAAGCAUUUGAGUAUAAUGUGCACGAUUAAAUGCGACAUUUAUUUAUA